AUGAUAAAAUCAUUCCAAAGAGAAACGCAGGGAGAAUCCAAGGGACAUGAAUCUCCAUCAGACCUGAAAGCUCAGCUUGAAAGUCUAGAAACAGAUCUGUCCUUUCUGAUGAAACUCACUGGUUUUCAGUUCACAAGUCAUUCCAAGAAAACAGUGGAAAAAACUAGAGACAGAACAGUGCAGAAGCACAGGUUGUCUGGGAAUUGUCACUCCCUGUCUUUUCAACUGGAAUUCCAGCUCCUUGAAGUGCAGAGCAAAGAGAAGGUGUCUUCUGUUAUUAGUGAUCUCAACAUCGUAAUGGAAUCUGGAGAAGAUUCUGGAAUGAGCAAGUUUGUGUCAAGCGUUGAAGAAUGUGGAAAUCUUGCAGCGUUUUUCAGAAGCCUUUCAACUUAUGCUGAGUGGUUUGAGCAUCGCAGACGCACCUUCCUGCACUUCAAGACCAAGUAUCCUGAGGUCGUGACCCUUCCAGAAGGACUGCAGGGAGAUCAUAUCAUUCUGAGGAACCCCAAAGUUUCUGGGUUUGAAUUGAUGAUUGUUUGGAAGAUCCAUCUGGAUGAAGAAGGGACAACUACACCUGUCCUGGACCUGCUGACCAAAGUCCCAGAGCAAGUCCUGGAGCAGAAGAUGACAAGAGUUGAGAGUGUCCCUGCCCGCUUCCGGAGCAUGGUGCUGCUCCUGGGCGUCGAGGCAGCCUUGGAGAACCUGAUCAAGGUGCUUGAAUGAAGGACAGCAUUACUUACAGCAGGUAGCAAUUUCAAAAGUAGUUUUAAUUAAGAUAUUGUGUUACACAGUCUAUAAUUUUAUUGAAUAUAAACAUUAAGUUAUUUUCCAUUUAGAAACCAUACUCAUAAAACAUGCUAUCUGUACAAUUAUGGCACGUUAUAUAUAAAUCGUCAUGACAUGAAAAUAAAUACAGCCAUUUAAAUACAAAAAUGCCAAAUAAAAUAGUUACAUGUACAG